UGUAAGGAGGCGGGAAAUGGCGUCUGGAGGAGCAGCGCAGGAGCGGAUUGAUGGUCCCUGAAUACAGCCAUCCAGCUAACCAGAGACGGCGAAAGACAGCGGCCGCCCCCGCCGCGGCUACCAGCAGCCAGGCAAGCAUAGCCACCUCGAUAGCGUGAUCCUGCAGUCCUUGGCAAUCUUACAUGUGACGGUUAAAACGAUGAGGCUGAGAAUGCGCAAGGCUUCUCAGCAACCGAGCCCCGCCCACACGCCCCGCCCAUCCCGGACCAAGAGGAGACACUCUGAGGUGGAGGAGUGCACGCCCGCGGGUGGAGGCAAGAUGCAGAAGAGUGAGACGGGGCUCCUUUCCACCAUCAAGAAAUUCAUCAGAGGCAAUGCUGUCAAGGUGGAGCACGAGAACCCAGCAAAGAGGAGUCGCAUCGACUGUGAUCUGGACAACAGCCUGAUUUCAUCCACGCCGCAGACUGGGGACCUGCCUAAUAAGGCCAUAUCAAGAGUUCGCAGGAGAGGGCCUGUAAACGGGGAUGCCAGGAACCAUGACACGAACAAGCCAAUGAAGCCCAAUGGCAAGCUGGAGCAGGCUGCAGAAGCCGCCAGCAGCCCACCCCGCACCACUUUGCUGGGAACCAUCUUCUCACCAGUUUUCAAUUUCUUCUCUCCAGCAAACAAAAAUGGGACGUCGGGCUCGGACUCCCCAGGGCAGGCAGUGGAGGCGGAGGAGAUCGUCAAGCAGCUCGACAUGGAGCAGGUGGAGGAGCCUCCCACCAGCACUGCCACUUCCAUUGAGAGUGUGGGAAUCCCCCUGUACCCCAGUGGCCCUGCCCUGCCCCUACGGCCUCUACCCCCUCCUGAGGUGGCCGCUGAGGAAGGGGAGAUUGUGGCAGACACUGACCUGCCCCCACUCACAGCACCAGGGUCUACACCAGACAGCGGCUACUCUGAGGCACCGCCCACCUCACCUGCGGAGGGCUCGUACGAGGAGGACUGGGAGGUCUUUGACCCGUAUUUUUUCAUUAAACAUGUGCCGCCACUGACAGAAGAGCAGCUAACCCGCAAGCCAGCGCUCCCACUCAAGACCCGCAGCACACCAGAGUUCUCCCUCGUCCUGGACCUGGAUGAAACAUUGGUACAUUGUAGCUUAAAUGAGCUGGAAGAUGCAGCACUCACCUUCCCUGUCCUCUUUCAAGAUGUCAUAUACCAGGUCUAUGUACGAUUGAGGCCGUUCUUCAGAGAGUUCCUUGAACGAAUGUCUCAGAUUUAUGAGAUCAUUCUCUUCACUGCUUCUAAGAAGGUAUAUGCAGAUAAACUGCUGAACAUCUUGGAUCCUAAGAAACAGCUGGUUAGGCACAGGUUAUUUCGUGAACACUGUGUUUGUGUACAAGGAAAUUACAUCAAGGAUCUGAACAUUCUUGGGAGGGAUCUGUCCAAGACCAUCAUAAUUGACAAUUCACCGCAAGCCUUUGCCUACCAGCUUUCUAAUGGGAUACCUAUCGAGAGCUGGUUCAUGGAUAAGAAUGACAGCGAGCUCCUGAAACUGGUUCCUUUCCUGGAGAAACUCGUGGAACUGAACGAGGACGUGCGGCCACACAUCCGAGAGCGAUUUCGCCUGCAUGACCUCCUGCCCCCAGACUGAGCUAUGUGCCCAUGUGGACAUGAUGGGCCAACCCAGAGGAAGAAAAAGGAGGAAAUAUAGACAAAAACAAAACCAACAAAACAUGUAAACACUCUGGAUUAUGACAAACAUUGCCAUCACUGUUGAAUUUUUUUUUUUUUAACCCCACAUUGCUUUUAAAAUGAAUACAGAAACAUGUUUUGAAGCGACAUCUCUGAUCAUACGGUUUAUAAAUACAAAUAUAUAAAUAUAUAAAUAUACUCACGUUAAUUAUAGGCAAGACGCAGAAGGAUACUCCCAUUUGACUGGCUUUUUGUCUGGAGCGAUUUGUCUCUUCACUUGGCAACGACGCAGCCUGGGAGGCAUCGUGCCCGUAGUCACGGUGUGGGCCCAUAUGAACUAAACGUGUUGCAAUACGCAGAAGGGGGACUACACAUGCUCCGUUUGGAGCUCCAAGUGGCGCUGGUGACACUCAUUGACUACAGACUCAUUUCAACAGGAAUGGCCAGUAUUAAAAGAAAAAAGAUGUGUAUAUAUCUCUUUUUUUUCCCUCUUCAGGUUUUUAAACUUUUAAUUAUUUUAGCGCAGGAUUUCAU